UGAAAAACAAAGUCCACAAAAUUAUUUAAAAAUCACAAUUUAACUUCAAUAUCCCUUCUUAAGCUGUAUUUGUGAACUUUUCCCUAAAUUACAUAAACUUUUCCAAUUAUUAAUUGUCCCCUUGCUCGUGCUCCUAUCCCGCGCGUUUUCGAGUUUGGCUUGACAGCGCUGGCAGGCCGAACGGUGUUUGUUUACGGCAAUUUCACAAUCUUUGUUUGUCUCCGGCUGGACACCGCACAGGACGCCAAUGCAAAAUGAGCGAGCCGAACGACUCCUCCUCGAAGCAGGAACACCUGUCCGAUUACCAGCGCCGGCGUAUUGAGGAAAAUCGUCAGAAGGCAAUCAAUCUGCGGCAGGCCCGCCUGCUAACUCACCCGUACAACAGCUCGGACCGCAAGCAGCCGACGGAAACGGCCGUUUCGGUGAACAAUGUGAUCAAAGUGUCCGGUACGAAGUACGUGGACAGUGGCGGCGGUUUCCUGAUCGAACAGCGCACCAAUCCGACCGAGGAAGAGGCGAAGCAACAGGAGGAACCGGUGCCGGAGUCGGACGCCGUGCCCGUGCCCAUCGAGUACGAUGAGUGUCUGGAGUGUGGGGACCGGUUUGCCGAUUCCUAUCUGCUGACCACGUUCGACUAUUCCGUGUGCGAUGCGUGCCGUGAGCCGGAAGGGCAGCACUCGCUAAUCACGCGCACCGAGGCUAAGCAGGAGUAUCUGCUGAAAGAUUGCGAUCUGGACCGGCGCGAGCCCGUGCUGAAGUUCAUCAGUCGCAAGAACCCGCACAACGUGCGGUGGGGCGAGAUGAAGCUGUACCUUCACCUGCAGAUAGAAAAGCGCGCGCUGGAGGUGUGGGGCAGCGAGGAAAAGCUGAUGCGCGAGAAGGAGGAGCGCGAGGAGAAGCGCGAAGUGGCGAAGGUGAAAAAGUACAACAAACGGUUGAAGGAGCUGCGCAUGGACGUGCGAAGCAGUCUGUACGACAAGACGGUUCAGGCGCACGUACAUUCCUACGGCGAUUCGGAGGUGUACAACGAGGCGGACGAUACGUACACGCGCUCCUGCGAGACCUGCGGACAUUCGGAGACGUACGAGAAAAUGUAAAGGCUUUCCUUGCCGUUCUUCUUCCUAGCAUGCUAAGGCCAACACACUCUCUUUCUCUAGGCAUUUACGCUGAUUUUUGUAUUAUGUGUGUUUCUUUUUUGUAUAAUUAUCAUUAAAACAGAUAAUUUUAGCUCCACAAGAGAGGAAGCUGAAGUUAACGGAA